AGAGAGAGAGAGAAAGAGAAAGAAGGUGCCAAAAGAGAAAAAGAAAAGGAGAGAGACUCGUGGAGGGUCGCUCGGUGCGAUGCGUGGAGACCAGGUGACAGAGAAUGCCGAGGUCGUGUUGCGACGCCAAGCGCUUCAAAUGGCGGAUCGUAGCGCCUACUAAACCCUAGCCCCCCUUUUGUUCCUUUUCCUUCCCAUCCGAGCGUCCAAAUUUCUUCGAUUCCUAUUCUCAGGUUCGAUCUCCUCGCCUUGCUUCAAACUCCGUUUCUACCUUCUCUCAUUGUUCUCCGGUUUCAUCCGCAUUGCCGCCGAAUUCUCUCCCUCUCCUCAUACUUCCUCUGCCUCUCAAUCUUCUCUUAUUUUCUUUCUCUUUCUCGGCCAAUUCUGUGAUCUUUCCUGGAUUCAUGUUUUAAACGUGCCUUAAUAGCCCCUAUCAUUGAAAUGUCAUCACCAAACCUUUUUCUCAAUUACUUUCUGUGAAUAUUUUAUACAAUGGCGGAGGUGGCGAAAGUUCUGUACAUAGUGGUGGAGGAUGAAGAAGACAAGAGAGAGAAAGGUAAAGAGUCCUUUAGGUACACGCGUCCGGUUCUGCAGAGCACUCUGCAGCUCAUGGGAUGUAAAGCGCGACAUGCGUUUAAGAUAAGCCAACGAGUUUUUGUAUUGAUCAGAAGUGAAAACCCAAGUGAUGCUUUGUCUCCAGAAGUAAUGGGAACAUCAAGAUUGGAUGCUUCAGUAGGUCUUGAGAAGGUAGAUGGUUGUCCUACCAGUGGUUGCUCAGGUAAAACAGAGGCAGGCAACCCUAUGGCUGCAGUGAAAGAGGAUAGAAGUAAGAGCGUACCAUUUGAAUUGUACAAACGAAGGACAACUAUGCUUGUAAGAAGAAAAACUUUCCUAGACGUUGUUUGUGAUGCCCUGGCUGAAUAUAAGUAUGUGGGUCCCAACCAGAGGCAGGAUUUGGUUUUGGCGUGCAGAAUCCGAGAAAGGAAGGAAUCUGUAACUGUACUGUUGUGUGGCACUAGUGGCUGUGGCAAGUCUACUUUGUCAGCAUUGCUGGGUAGCAGAUUGGGAAUUACAACAGUUAUAUCAACUGAUUCUAUUCGGCAUAUGAUGAGGAGUUUUGUAGAUGAGAAGCAAAACCCUCUACUCUGGGCUUCAACCUACCAUGCGGGGGAGUUCUUGGAUCCGGUGGCUGUUGCAGAAGCAAAGGCCAAAAGGAAAGCAAAAAAAUUGGCAGGCAUUUCACGCUCACAUCCUAAGGAUGAACUAUCUGAUGGUUCAACCGCUGGGAGAUCUGAUACUCGGUCAUCUGAGGUGGGUUCCAGUACAACUGAAUUGAUCAGUCCAAAGCAGAUGGCCAUUGAAGGAUUUAAAGCACAAAGUGAGAUGGUAAUUGACAGUCUUGAUCGGCUGAUCACUGCAUGGGAAGAGCGAAAAGAGUCGGUAGUUGUUGAAGGUGUUCACUUGAGCCUUAAUUUUGUGAUGGGGCUUAUGAAGAAACAUCCUUCUAUCAUACCGUUCAUGAUAUAUAUCACUAAUGAGGACAAACACUUGGAGCGAUUUGCAGUCCGUGCCAAGUAUAUGACACUGGACCCAGCAAAAAAUAAAUAUGUAAAGUAUAUUCGAAAUAUCAGAACAAUCCAAGAAUACCUCUGUAAGCGGGCUGACAAGCAUCUUGUCCCCAAAAUAAACAAUACCAAUGUUGACAGGAGUGUAGCAGCCAUCCAUGCUACUGUCUUCAGCUGCCUUCGGAGGCGUGAGGCUGGGGAGCAGCUUUAUGAUCCUACCACAAAUACUGUUACUGUGAUUGAUGAGGAGUACAGGAACCAAUGUGCCGCCAAUUCAUUGAGCUCCAAGGGGAUGUUUCAACUGCUUCAGAGGAAAGGUUCCUUCAGGCAUCUCAUGGCUCUUGUUAAUACUGAUGGAUCUGUAGCAAAGGCUUGGCCUGUUGAUUCAGUUGAUAGUAACGGGAAGCCAAUUUUGGGCCAUGGGACUCCGAUUGGAAAGGCUGAGCCGGUUAAUCUUCAGUUUGGUCUCUAUGGGAUCAGUGCCUGGCCCAGUGAUGGUGGCACUAGUCGUGCUGGAAGCGUUGAUGAGUCAAGGGCUGACGGGACUGAUACUGGUAGUAGAUACUUUUCUUCCUUUUGCAGCUCACCGAGAAUAUCUGAUGGCCCUUCCAAAGAGCUCAAGGAGGAACUCUCAGUGCAUGGCAGUGAUGAAGAGAUUGAUGAUCCACACGAGGCAGGUAGUGAUGAUGAUCUAAGUGAUGAUGAUGACAAAGAGGUCCUUGAAGAGAUUGGUUCAGUUGACGAGGAGUCUACGAAAUCGGAUGAAGAGUAUGAUGAUCUAGCAAUGCAGGACGUGCAGGAGAAUGGGUAUUGGUCAGAUGAUGAUGAGGAGGCCAAAGAUAAGGUUGUGCCCGUUUCUAGCGAGCAAUCAAUGGGCAUGCAAGGGGAUAAAUAUCGCCAAAACCUAGAGCUCUUCCUUAGAACUAAAAGCGAGCCUUUGUCGGAGCUGUGCACUUACUCCUUGCUCAUGGGGAAGAAUGAGAGGAAAAUGCCUUCUGGAAAUGUCAAAAUGAGAAAACGAUCCCUCAGCAUUCCAGCCUUCAGAAAGCAUGGGUCGUUUAUGGGCGGCCCAAUUCUCUCUGGCGCACCUCAGGGGUAGCGGAAAGCGGAAAAAUUUUGUCUCGGGUUUUAGUGCUUUUGCUUUGCGGUUUUUCUUUUUGCUAUUCUAGCUUCAACUUACAAGAGUGAGUACCUAGGGAAUUCACCACUCUCGCUCAGAUGUGUAUAGUAUAGCUUGGUGCGGUUGAAAGACUCGAAUGCUCCUCAAUGUGCAUUGUUUAAAGCAGUUCAGGCAAUCUGUAUAUAUAACUCCGUUUAAUA